AUGGACGAAUCGACCCAGUCAGUUAUUUACAGUGCUGAAAAAAUAGAUGUUCGCGAUAGCUUACCUCUUGAUAUCGCCAAUGACAAGGGCUGCAUUGAUGAGGCAAAUAGUAACCUAUCUCGUUCAAAUAAGCACAAGUCUAACCAAGGUCUUCGAGUACGUCUACUCCGCUCAAGCACUGAUAACACCUCCUUCAAGCUGCUGGGCUCUAAUGACUCACCAUCAUCAUCAGCAUCAUUUUCUCCUUCUCAGCCUGACACCCAAACCUGUGUUACCACACCUGAGACUAAAAAAGAUCAGCUUUCUGUCGGUUCAAUAAUAUUUUUUCUUUACUUUGCAUGA